UGCUGCGGUUUCAGGUACACGCUCCCUGCUCUCUCUGUGUGACGUCAACGGGAUGGGCAGGUCACGUGGUCGCCUCCGAAGGGAAACCUGUGGUUUCACGUUACUGAAACGGGAGGAAGAAGAAGAAGAAGAGAAGGAGGAAGGCAAGCAAACAAGAGCCUUUUUGUCAGCGGCUGAGCUGUUUCUGUUCCACACGACUGUGAGUCGGGACACUCUCAAUGGAGCAACAGUAGGAAGACACCAGGAGCUGUUGUGUUAACCAUCCGGAGAUUUCUGAGGAAGAAAAACGUCGCUGUUGUGCUUUUUCGACCAGUGAUUCCUCGGCACACUGUACGUUCAUACCAGGUUUGCAUUCUGAGCUGCAAGCCAAUGUAAGUCGUGUUGAGUGACUGCGUGUGAAAGAGGGCCCAUCACCAUCCUCAUGUCCAAUGGAGGAGGCUUUUACGGACGCACUGAGCGCGUCCGCCAGUCGCCGUACUAUGACGAGGUACCACAAGGAACCUUAUCUCGAUCCGGCUCCUGCGACCUGCUGCCGGUAAGGGAGCAGAGAGCGGCUCGCCUCGCUCAGAGCGCCGACCCCCUCCCUCCCCCGCCUCUGCCAGCACAGCCUCCUGUGGGCCUCAAGGAAGAUCCCCCCGAGAGCGAGCACGCCACCGACCCAGACCACGACCCCGCCCUCGAUAUUAAACCUGUUCACCGCUUCAUCCCAGACUCCUGGAAGAGCUUCUUCAGAGGAAGUGACCGCAGCAGUAAAAAGCCGUGGUCCAUGUCUGGAUCCUCAUCUAACAAGAACAACAACACCAGUGAGGGGGUGCGCUGCUCUCCUCCACACUCCCCCUCUGUCCCCGGAUCAUACCGCGACCCUUAUGGCGGCUCAGGCGGCAGCUGCAACUCGCACAAGGAGCUUUUGGAACCACACGACGAGUCCGUGUCAGGGCGCACCUACCACACAGCUCUGACCUACAGCGAGCGAGUGGAAGAGUACAACCAGCGCUACGCCUACAUGAAGUCCUGGGCCGGGCUGCUGAGGAUUCUGGGCUGUGUGGAGCUCCUGCUGGGAGCAGCUGUGUUCGCCUGCGUCUGCGCUUACAUCCACAAAGACAACGAGUGGUUCAACAUGUUUGGAUACUCGUCUCCUGGCGCAGCAUUUGGAGCUGGUGCAUAUGGUGACGCCUACUACUCGGGCCCCAAGACCCCGUUUGUGUUGGUGGUGGUGGCGCUGGCCUGGUUGGUGACUGUGAUCAUGUUAGUGCUGGGGAUGACCAUGUACUACCGCACCAUCCUGCUGGACUCCAACUGGUGGCCUCUGACCGAGUUUACCAUAAACCUGGCGCUGGCAGUGCUGUACAUGGCAGCAGGCAUCGUCUAUGUCCGAGACACAACCCGUGGAGGGCUCUGCUACUACCCAAUCUUCAACAAUGGCAUCAACGGGGCGUUCUGCAGAACAGACGCAGGCCAGACUGCUGCCAUUAUCUUCCUGUUUGUCAACCUGCUUGUGUAUCUGAUCGGAGCUUUAGUGUGUCUCAAGCUGUGGAGACAUGAAGCUGCACGCAAAUACCGGGAGAGGUACGCCCAGGAGAUGCAGCCUUCCGGUGUAAGAGCUGCGCAAUCACUGAUGGUUCCAGUUUCAGCUCCAGAACAGGACCAAGGCUCCUCAGUCAUUCCCAUCCAGGCUGCUCCAAAAGCAAUUCCACCAAAGAUUUUGCAGGGAACUAUACCAUCAGGGCACAUCCCAAAACCUGUUGUUGUGCCUGACUAUAUUGCUAAGUACCCAACGAUCCGGUCAGAUGAGGAGCGGGACCAGUACCGAGCCGUGUUCAACGACCAGUACGCAGAAUACAAAGAGCUCCACGCAGAUGUGCAGAUUACUCUCAAGAAGUUUGACGAGAUGGAUGCCAUGAUGCGCAGUUUGCCCCAGAACCCUACCAGCCAGAUGGAGGUUGAGCGCAUUAACAGAAUUCUUCAGGAAUACCAGAGGAAGAAAAACGACCCUAGUUUCCUCGAGAAGAAGGAGCGCUGCGAGUACCUGAAGAACAAACUGUCGCACAUCAAACAGAAGAUCCAAGAAUAUAAUAAAGUCAUGGAGUGGAACGACGGAUACAGCUAAACAUCUGAGGCAUCGCUAACAUAACCACAAAUACGGAGGUAAUGCUGACAGAUGAGCAGAACUGGGGGUGAAAAUGACAUUUUAAAUGGAGGGUUAAACCCUGUCAAGACCACAUCCUGUUGUUUUUGUUCGUUUUUGUAUAUCUGUUCCGCGGUUGUCUGGGAGCAAACAUCUAUCAGCAGUUUUGUAUGUCUCUGUUCAUAAAAGCAAGUAGAACCAAAGGGGUAGAAGGUUUUAUACUUAAAGCAUUCAUUCAACAUUUUGGGCAAUACUCUUUCUGGUGGAGAGUUAGAUGAUAAAAUCAAUACCGCGCUCAUUUCCUUUGGAUAACUAUAAAGCUUUGUGCAGUAACCAGUUAGCUUAGCUUAGCACAAAGACUAAGCAAGAGGCAAACAGCUAGCAUUGGCUCUGUCCCACGAAAAGUUAGUCAGCCAGCGAGCACCUCUAAAACGCCCAAAUUUAUCGGAUCUUUUACUUAAAGUACCAAAAGUAAAACUACUCAAUCAGAAUGGCCCAUUUUCAGAAUCUUGUAUAUUAUAUUUUUGCAUUAUAAUUAUUGAUAUCUAAAUGUUGCAGCUGUAAAAGUGGAGCUAAUUUUAUUAUUUUAAAUACUACUAUAGCUUUGUGAACUCCCCUCCACAGUUGAGCUUUAAAGAUGGUGGUGACAGAGCCUAGCUAGCUAGCUGUUCCCCCCUGUUUACUAUCUUUUUGCUAAGCUAACUGUCUCCUGGCUUCAUAUUUAACUUACAAAUCUCAGAGUGGUAUCCUCUCUACUAGCUCUGUGCAAGGAGAUAAGUGAGCAACAUUCCCAAAAUGUUGAACUCCUCCUUUAAAAUUGUAAUAUGCAAAGAGCUCGAUGUACUGUAUGUGUGUGUGUUAUACUGUGACUAUGAUUGUAGCUGAGGCUUUUCUCCUUAAUUUCUCAAACGACACUGGAUAUCUGAUGUGAAUGUUUUCGUGUGAUCAGUGGGAGAUGUAAAAGAAAAGAUGCAUUAUUUCUGUCACUGUUUACGUCCACUCAACGUCCGCUUGAUUACCUUUCUGUCAGCCUUCAAGUUCGUCAGUCUGCAUAAAUUUAACAACUACUCAACUGCCUGAAACAUAAACCACAUCUUGUCCUGACAAAUCUUCAUCUAGCAUGUUUCUUGAACUGCUGUGACACUUGUUUGAAUUGUUUUAAUUUCACUCUUUUUAUAUAUAUAUAUAUAUAUAACUUUUUGAUAAAUUUCUCGAUCUGGAAAAAUGCAUGUCCUAUAGAAGACUUAAAUUUUGUAUGUUGCGCACUUGGUUCUACCAUUUCCUAGAUUAAGUUUUGUACUUUAUAGUCACUUUAAUAUCCUAAGUGCCUUCAUUGUAUCUUCUUUGUACCACUUUACACAUUGGACCUCUUUAUUGAAUGAAAGUGACAUUAUAAUGAUUGUAAAUGUCCAUAUUCUUUCAUCAUUGAAGUGAUAAAUUGGUGCUUUUGUGUCAUCAAUACAGUUCUGUUUAUGUACUGAUAAUCUGGUGUGACUUUCCUUUAUUCAGCAGCAUGCAGGCACAGUUUUGUUUUACUGGAAAAGGGAAUAAGAAACACAGGGAUGCUAUGUAAGACUCAGCAGAAUAAAGUUUAAAAAAACUAAA